UACACAUCCAGUGCUGCUGUCACAACAAGAGAAGAGGAUAAGUUAAUAGAACAAUAAUCCUCUCCCGAACAACCUUAAGCCGGAACACACGUUUAUUUCAAAAUGUCAGACAAAAGUGAGCUAAAAGCAGAGUUAGAGCGAAAGAAGCAGCGACUGGCACAGAUGAGAGAAGAGAAGAAGAGGAAAGAAGAAGAACGCAAAAAGAAAGAGUUUAAUGAAAGUAAGGAGGGCGCGUCGCCUCCUCAAGAUGACUCUGAUCUGGAGAAGAAGAGGAGGGAGGCGGAGGCUCUGCUGCAGAACAUGGGGAUCAGCGAUGCCUCCAUGGUGGGCACACCCAGCGAAACAGGCAGUCAGGACUCAGGAGAUGGUGGGACGGAGCUCAGGACUCUUCACUGGGACUCUGACCCUUCUACACUUCUGCUCCAUUCAGAAUCCCAGCUCGGAUGUGGCCCUCUGAAGCUGGGCAUGUCAAAAGUCACACAGGUGGACAUCCCGCCCAGAGAGCUUGUGUCGUACUCGAAGGAGACCCAGACACCAACACAAACUCAGUCCAGAGAAGAUGAGGAAGAUGAGGAAGAUUUGGCUGUGACUCAGCCGGUUCUGGAUUCGCAGGAUGAGAAAGACUCUCAGAAGGAGGAAGAGGAAGCACCCCCUCAUGAGCUGACUGAGGAAGAGAAACAACAGAUUCUUCACUCUGAAGAGUUCACAACCUUCUUUGACCACAGCUCUCGUAUCAUGGAGCGCGCGCUCUCCGAACAGGUGGACGUAUUUUUUGAUUACAGUGGAAGAGAUAAUCAGGACAAAGAGGGGGAGUCUCAGGAUGGGGCAAAACUCUCAAUGAACAGACAGUUUGCAGACGAACGCUGGUCCAAACACAGAGUCGUCACCUGCCUCGACUGGUCACCACAGUACCCUGAGCUUCUGGUAGCAUCAUACUGCAGUAAUGAAGAUGCUCCACAUGAGCCUGAUGGAGUGGCUCUAGUCUGGAACAUGAAGUAUAAGAAGACCACACCUGAAUAUGCCUUCCACUGCCAGUCGGCAGUGAUGUCAGCAGCAUUUGCACAGUUUCACCCUAAUCUGGUGGUCGGAGGAACAUACUCGGGUCAAAUCGUGCUGUGGGACAACCGCAGUAACAAACGUACCCCCAUACAGAGAACACCACUGUCAGCCUCAGCUCACACGCACCCUGUGUACUGUGUGAAGGUGGUGGGGACUCAGAAUGCUCAUAAUCUCAUCAGCAUCUCCACUGAUGGCAAGAUGUGCUCCUGGAGUCUGGACAUGCUGUCCACACCACAGGACAGUCUGGAGCUUGUUUUCAAACAAUCUAAAUCAGUGGCUGUGACCUCUAUGUCAUUUCCUCUGGGUGACGUCAAUAACUUUGUAGUGGGGAGUGAGGACGGAUCAGUCUAUACCGCUUGUAGACACGGAAGUAAAGCAGGUAUCAGUGAGAUGUUUGAGGGUCAUCAUGGGCCAAUCACAGGGCUCGAUUGCCACACGGCAGUGGGACCGGUUGACUUCUCACAUCUGUUUGUCACUUCCUCAUUUGACUGGACUGUCAAGCUCUGGAGUACCAAGAAUAAUAAACCUUUGUACUCCUUUGAGGACAAUUCAGAUUAUGUGUAUGAUGUCAUGUGGUCACCUACGCAUCCAGCGCUGUUUGCUUGUGUGGAUGGGAUCGGACACUUGGACCUGUGGAACCUUAACAAUGAAACUGAGGUUCCCACAGCGAGUGUAACGGUGGAGGGAAACCCAGCUCUGAAUCGCGUGCGCUGGGCUCACUCUGGACGUGAGGUGGCAGUCGGUGAUUCUGAGGGACAGGUGCACAUUUAUGAUGUUGGAGAGCAAAUUUCUGUGCCGCGGCAGGAUGAGUGGACUAGCUUUGUGCACACGCUCAUCGAGAUUAAUGAGAACCGAGAGGAAGUGGAAGAACUGGCUGCUCAGUGAUUGGCUGGAUGAUCACCAUAGCAACACCUGCUGGCCAAUGAUUUCCCCCCGCAGUCUAUAUAACUCCACCCUCUCUGAAGUUCUUUACGUGUUAUUGGAUGACAAUCUAGAGAUUUCCAGUGGUUCUUUUUUGAUUCUGAAGGGAGAAAAUUAUUAUUUGAGAAACAAAGUACUUGCUGGUAAAAUUGUAAGCACUUAAUGUUGCAAGUCGAACAAUUGUUUGGUGUAAUAUGGAAUAGUAACCCUUGUUAAUGUACUGUAGAUUAUUUAAGAAGAUAAUUUUAUUUUAUAAGAUUUUAUCUACGAGUUAGUGGUUGAUUUUGACUAAACGGAUGGAUUCAUAGCUGUAAUGCUACAAAUAUGCAAACUGUUACUCUGCACACGUCUUUAUAACGCUCUAAGACUGGGCGAUUUAACAAGCAGACUGACUCACAAUAACUAGGAAAUUUGUAUUUUAAGUGGUGGAAAAUUUUUAACACUCUUUUCUUAACACAUUUUAACGUUAACUUUAAAGAUAUUUGAUUAUUUAUAGCUUUUUAACAGUAUGCCUUUUAUUUUUUUAGUGGGAUGACUGAUAUAUAAAGACUGAACGUGUACGUUUUUAAUAUUUCAAAGCAGAAAUAUGUUGCCUACUUUUCAACAUGUAACAGAUUUCUCACUUCUGAAUGCCUUAAAGCAAACCUUCAGACUGAACACACACUUAUCUAGAAUCUUCCAGCACACAGCAUUAUAGAACAUCUAAUUUUCCUCUUGAUGCUUGCUAAUUCAAAUGGCAGUGACUGAAUUGUUUGUGGUAUGUUGGUAGAAAUCUCUAGAUCACAAACUUUUGUCAUUUUAAAAAUGUCAUGGAGCAAAAUUGUAGUCACUUGCUAAGCAUUAAAAAGUCUGGACCAAAAUGGAAAAUUUCCCUUUGGCACAUAUUUGGACUAUAUAGAGUGUGGUUAAUUUAUUUUGUUGUAUUUUACUAGUAUAUUUAACUCUAACAUUCAGCUAAGUAGCUAGGACAUCUUUGCUCUGUUAUUUUCAUCAUGUCUGUAUCAAACGUUUAAACUGCAAUUGGUAUUUUUUUUUAUCUAAUUUAAAUGCUUGAAUUAAUUUAACCCUUUAGUGUGGAUAUUAGAAGUCCAUUUACAUAAUUUGUUCUGUAUUUUACUUGACUUUGUAGAAGCAAAACUUCCAGUUGACGUAGUUUGUCAGCUCUAACAGUGGCAGUGAUUACUGUGGUUAAUUACAAGGUUCUGAACAGGCAAAAUGAAAAUGAAUUCGACAAAAUAAAUGAGUCCAGGACGUCAAACCUGCUUUAAUCUAGACAUAUUUUGAACCUAAGUCCAUCUGUUUAUGUGUGUUUCCUUUUAAUGUUGUUUUCCUGUUCUAUGAUUUGAAGUCUGCAGCAAUUCAUUGUCGGAAAAUGUAAGGAAAUGUAUUAAAUUAUGAACUCACUGUAGCAACUCAUAAUGUAAUCACAGUACAGAAUGUAAUAACAUGUAUAAGUAAAACCAUUUGUAAAAUAAUAAUUUUCUCUCAACAUAACAUUGAGCUAUGCAUAGUAAUAAUAUACAUUUUUGCUAAAUUUAAUAGGUUAUUACAUUAAGAGAAAUGUAU